AGAAUACAAAAUUCUCUUGGAAUCUUAUAAAUAUAGGAUUUUUUAUUAUCCUUUUCUAGCAAACUUCCCAAAUUAGUAGUUAUAUGUUUGCUAAGAAGUUAUUCGAUUUUAUAUCUGGCCUCUCCUACUCAACAUACAUGAUAAUGCUCAUUAUUUGCACGGAUUAUGGUUUCACGAAUUCAGAUUUCCAGUUUAACGAUUCGAAUAUCAUUGUUUUGGAAAAUAGGUCUGUAAAUUCUAAGAUUUUGCAUGUGACGAAUGGCAACUACUUUCGGGCGAAUGAUAAACCAUUUAAAGACGCCGUUGAAAAGAACUUACUUAUAAAACCAAAGUCAACACGUUCUUUAAAUGAUUACCGAGGUGAUAAUCCAAGCUCAUUCCAAUUUGCCCUACAAAACAUUUAUCAGGGAUACAUUAAAUUUUAUGGCAAGAACGAAUAUAAAAGUAUAAUUGGUUUGUCGAUACAGAAAGACAAUGUUCAGGAUAUUCGAAAAGAAAUAAAUAAUAAUUCUUUAGAAAAGUCUGAUGAAGUACCCAUCGAACAUGGAAUAUAUGUAAAUGACCCAAAAUUUAACUAUCUUCUAGUCAAUCCCCAACCCGAUAACGUAGAUACUUUUAAAACCCUUGACUUAAAUACAAUUAAGCCUUCUCACAAGGAAUUAAAAUUGAACAAAACCAAUAAGAAGACGAAUAAAAAUUACAAAAUACACAAAUUUUUACCAAGAGGAUCUUCUCCUAAUAUCACCACCAAGUCACCAUCUGAUAAUAGGGAAAAGGAAAUUAGAAAAUAUGAAACUGUCUUCAAAGUCUUCAAUUAUAUUUUUCUGGUCGUUAUCAUAUUUUCGAAUAUACUAGUGAUAAGGGCAUAUUCGAGGUUUCAAAAAUUAAGGAGUAUCACCAACCGUUUUGUGAUAUCGUUAGCGGUGGCCGAUUUAUGUGUAGGGCUGAGCAGGUCGCUUCAAGAGUUAAUUGAAUUCGUAGAUCCUACUUCAGGAUCUAAGCCAUAUGCUUACAGAUGCCUUUUAUUCGGAACCUUCCCUACAACCAUGAAUGUGGCAUCAUUGUUAAGCUUGCUGGGAGUCACGAUUGAUAGAUAUAUAUCAGUAGUUAACCCUCUCAGAUACAAUUCAAUCAUGAGAGAAAAGUUAGCGAAUUCUAUUAUCGUAAGUGCCUGGGGUACAGCGUUUUUUAUAAUAUUCAUCGUUCCUCAUUUUUUCUACAUAAAACCUGGAAGAGGAUUUUGUAAUUAUCCAUACCUCUAUAAAUACCUUCUCAUAACUUAUUCCAUUUUAUACGUUACAAUAUUAUUGAUAAUAUCCUUGUUUUAUGCGAAAAUUUUUUAUGAAUGUCACAAACAUUUAUUACAAACGAUGUUCUCUGAUAACUUUUCGCAAAGAGUAACUUCACAAAAUGCUGCCUAUACUCAAAAGGAUUUGGCAUUGCAACCCGUAACUAAUGAGGAUCGUAAUUCGCUGGAAUCGGCAUCAUCCUAUAAAACUGAAAAUGAUUAUCUACAGCAUCAUUCAUCCUUGGACUCUCGCACUCAGCAACUAAAACCAUUAAUGGAAGAACAGAACGUGCCUGCCGAUUUGGGCGACGCAGUUAACAAGAUCGAACCCACAAACCUUCCAAAUAUUCCAGCAAAAGCCGCCACCACCGAACUUCAUAGCAUCAUUAAACGUACCGAGGGGUUAACUAAAAAUGAGCAAACUAAUCCUUUAUUAGAUAAAACCAACCCAAUUGCCAAUUCAAGCCAUCUCUCACGUCCCUUACUUAAAACAAGAACGGUUUCGAUCAAUGAUGAACAAGCUAAAUCUAACUUAGCAAGCGAUAACGAUCAAAAAUCCUUAACCCGAAGGGAUUCUAGUUCCUCCAAAAAAAUUAAUGAACAAUACAAGAGACGAGAAUCUGCGGGGGUCAUAAUCGCUUCCAAAACGACAAUCAUGAUAGCUAUAAUUGUCGGCACUUUCGCCCUCCUAGGGUUGCCGCUUCAAAUCGUCGAAUAUAUUCUUGUGUUUAACUCAAAUAACGUUAAAAACCUCGAACUUUUUUUUAUUGUGCAUGGCGUGUGCGUACUACUGUAUUAUUUAAAUAGCGCGGUUAACCCAUAUAUAUAUGCUUGGAAAAAUAGUGAUUUUCGAGAUGGGUUCAAACAGAUUCUAACAUGUUCGGGUAUAUUUGCCAAGGAUAACUAUACAUUUCGCCAUUUGUACGGAGAUCCAAGGUCUAGUCAUUCAUCGAGUGUUUUGCGGAUGAGUCGGAUGUUUUCUUUUCUGGGGAAAAAUAAUGAUAAAAAUAUAUCGACUCAUAAAAACAAUAAUAGCUUUUUGCCCAAAUCGCCGCCCCGCAUACCUAAAACAGACAAGAAUCUCACCACACCCAUUCAAGAUAUUAUGCUAUAAAAUCUACAAAGAUACUUGAGAUCAUAGUUUUAAAAACCAAUAUAUCUUGUGAAAUAGCAAUAAACUCACUUGGAAAAACAUUUAUUAAAAAUUUAUUUUGUUGAAUAAUUAUGUGCAUAUGUGUAACAAAUAAAUUAUCUCACACAAAUUUAUAAAUGUCAUUUAAUGCAAAACUGGUGUUCGUUCGUUACAUCAAAAUUUACAUUUUUCAUUUAUUUCUCUUAAAAAUCAUAAUAGUGAAUGAUGUUUUUUUAUGGUAUUUGACUCUAAAUAUAUUAUCCACAAUUAUUACAUUUUUAUUAUAAUCUAUUUUACAAUAUUCACAUAUUUAUUAAUUAAUAAAAAAAU